UGUUUUUCACUGCGGGUAGAAAAAUAAUCCGAUUCAGCACUGUUCUAAUGUAAAGUUCCAUAGCAUGGAUACAAUGUUGCUGACAGACACAUGUUCCUCAGGCUAUGUCAGUGUUCGUGACAAGAAGUGUAAGGUACCUAAAAUUCGACACAGACAGAAGAAGAAAAUCUCGGAAUAAGCAAUACAUCGAUUUUUAGCAGUGACACUGUCACCUUACCGUAUAAAAUGAACUAUGCCUAAAAGUGGACAAACCACUUAAUACGUACAAGACAUCUGAAACACCACCAUGGAGAACAACGAUGCACCUGUCGAGUUUAACGAUGACAGGACAGUGUGUGUGACAUCAGUGAAAGGGUUAAAGGAGAACUGGCAGAGAUGGUCCAACAAGCACCAGGAGUACCAGAAACACAACCCCUUCAGUAACAACCGGGGGGCUAUGGUGAAUGUGACUGCCCAGCAGCAGAGACUCCAAAGGGACCAGGAUGGCUACGGGAGGCCCCUGGUGGGCUCCUUGACAGAGCAGAGGGGCAGGGACGCCCACGUCCACAUCACCCGGGAGGUGGAGGAGCUCUGCCAGAUGAUCAGAGACAUUGGGGAAAGCCGUGGCGGUGGGGACGGAGGCAGCGAGGAGAGACCUGUGGUGACGGUGGAGUUUGGGAAGCUGUUUGAGCACUAUGUGAACAUCUCCAACAAGGUGGUGGGGAUCCUGCUGAGGGCCAGAAAACAAGGCCUGGUCAGCUUUGAAGGGGAGAUGUUGUGGCAGGGGCAGGAUGACCGGGUCCUCAUCACACUGCUACAGUGACCAGGAUGAAAUGACAGGGUCGCCAUUAUGCUGCUUCAGUGACCAGGUUUAUGCAGCCGACGGACAAGACAGUAACCAAGGCCCUGUCCAGAAACAUCCCCUAGCCCUUUAGGCAUUUGUGUAGUUGUGAAAGGAUUGGCUAGGUCUAAGCAAUAUGGUGAAAAUUACAUUAGGUAGCAAAGUGCAGCAACACCUAUCCAAUUUUUUCAGGUUUACACCUGCACCUAGCAAGGGUAGUUGUUUCUGGGCAGGGCCCAAGAGAACUAACCUGUGGCAGCAGUGACAUGCAAUAUGGUGCUGUAGGAUGAACCUGAGCUUAUUGCCCUGAAUGGACUUUGCGUUGCAUUCCCAGUUACACCAGUACACCGUAAUCUACACAGCGUUUACAAUGUUCCUUAGCAAUCUUUGUAAUUAGACAGAGGAAAUGUGUACUUUCUAUGGCACAGAAACAACACACUGACACUGUAGGCUUAUGUUAGAAAUCCUGGAAGGAGGCUAUGAAACUGUAUACAUGGUUGACAAUGUAGCAAAAUGCAUCACAAUUAUAUUUACAUUCAGGAGAAAUAGCACAUCACUUUUUGAUCCACUGGCAUUUGUGGAAUUCACACUGUACUAUAUGCACAUUGUUCAACCUAACAAGGGUUGUUUGAGGAAUGCUUUUUCAGCUACUUGCACUCAUGAAAUAUACUGUAACACUUUACUAAUUUGAAAAAUAAUUAAGGGUAUUCCAAACAUGUUUGUUUAGAAAGGAAAGCACUGAUGUUUAUCAAUAAAGUCUUCAAAAAACAACAAAAAAGACUAAUUCAUGAUAAAAUUGCAUUAGAAUGACAGGUAACACUUUAUUUAAAGCCUGCAUAACAUAAUACUUUUUAAUAAGGCAUUAGAAAGAGUCAUAUUAAGUCAUACUGCCUAAGUCAUACUUUACAGUAAGUGUUACUGAAUGAUGUUUCCCAUUAAUAAAGAGACCAGGAAGGAAAUCUGA